CCAUUUCUCAACUCCCUUAUCCUCACAAGGGUCGCUGGACUUCGGGCGUAAGGCGGAAUACACCCUGAAGCAGUGGCCAGUCAGUCGUAUGUUCAUGGACGUGACUUCCCCACCAUGAGCCAACAAGCUAUCGCUUUGCAAAAUUACAAUAAUGAGCUCGUCAAUUGUAUUGAAGACCUGUGCUCCAAGCGGGAAGAGUUAAACCGUCAGAUCAAGCUGGAGGAAGAGGAGAAGGAACGACUGCAGCAUGACAUCCGUGUCUUCUCUGGAAAGCUGAGUAAGGUCAAUGAAAGUCUGGCACAAAGAAUGGCUGCACGCGCCACCUUCGACCGCACUAUUGCAGAGACAGAGGCUGCUUACACCAAGAUUUUAGAGAGUUCCCAGUCUUUGCUGAGUGUCCUGAAGUCUGAGGCCGGAAACCUCAGCAAAGCCUCAGAGCCUCGCAAGAAAGAACACUAACGCACCAGAAGUGGAUCUUAAACGAAGGGCACUUGUAAUAUUUAACGAGUUGUAUCUUUAAAAGUGACGAAUCAGAACAUUUGGUAUUGUUUUCUGUGACUGUGAUGGAUAAUGAAGUAUUAGUAGCAAGUCUCAAUAUCAUACAAUACAGUUUGAUACCACUGAAAAUUAUGACCGCAAUCAGUCAUACUGUUAAAUAAAUACAUCUUUGACAGCAUAAAUCCAAACUGAGCAUUUUCCAUGAUAGAUAAAGUUAUUGCUACCUUCUGUUACUCUACAUUUUUAUUUUUAUUUUAGACAGCUAGUCACAAGUUUCAGUUCAGCACUAGUUCUCAAACUUUUUACGCCAAGUACCAUGUAGGAAGUAUUUCCCUCUCCAAGAACCAUGUGAUAUUAGAUCCUGUUAUAAGACAUAAUGCAGUUUGAACACCCCGCACAGAUUCUGUUUUGCCGCAAACAUAGAAAAAAAGUCCUCCAGUGGAGGAAUCUUAAGUGUUUCUGAAGAGACCAGAGGUGGAAGUGUAGUACAUUGAUGAAGUUAUGAUUGAGGACUUGCUUUGGGAAAUACUUCUUGCAGUAUGGAGAAGUCAACUUUUAAACACCCCCCACCCCACCCCAUAAACAAACAGUAUGACAUGCUUGUUUUUUUCUCUAUGAACGCUUUGAUAAUAGAUUUUUUAAUACGUACCUUUCACUGAUGCCUUCACCACUGAUGGUCACAGUACAAAUAUAGUUAAAAGAAAUCAAGCAAUAAAAUAAAAUUAAAAAAAAAAAGAAUAACAAAAACACGUCAAAAAUGUCAAAUGAUGUAGGAAACGUUAAAAUAUGUGUAAGCAGUCCAGACUAGCUAUGUCUUGAGUUGGGGUUUGAAGAUGGAGAGCAGGUGGUAGCGAGUUCCAAAGAUGGAGGGCAGUGUGUCAGCACUUUCUCCCACAGUGGACAGAUGGGCAGAAGCCAUGGUGAGGUGGAUUGAAGAUGAAGAUUUAAGAGUGCCUGAGGGUAUGGCAACAUGAAGGUUAGCAAAAUUGGGUGAGGUGACAUAGACGGCUGUGAAUGUGAAGAGCGGGAUUUUAUGUCAGAUCCUGUAUUGGACAGGAAGACGGAUGUUAUUGCAGGGCUGGAGUGAUGUGGUAAGUCAAGGUUUGUCUUUGUGACAAUAUCGGUGGUCAAAUCCUGGAAAAGCUGUCGUUUUUGUAGUGACAUGCAGGGAGACCAACAGGAGAAUAUUGCAAUAAUCCAGGCGGGAAGUGACAGAAUGAACAAGGACGGCAUCAGUCUGGUGUGAGGGAUGGACAAGAGAGAGAAACGAGGAUUUGAACAAAAUGGUCCAGUAUAGCCGGAGAGUAAUAAUUUUACACAGCUGGGAAAUGCAGACAUCCAGAAGAAAGCACAAGAGGGUGGAUAAAAUGGAGUGUUUCAUCACGGAGCUUCAAUGGGGUGA